GAAGACGUCAUGACCAAAAUAUGAAAGGAACAAGACUCAAUCAACCAACAAAGUCAGAUGUUGCUGGUGGGAUUUCAGGAUGCAUACCUCUCAGUGUUUUAUCCAUAUCUCUUGAUUGGCUGAAUAAAAUCAUGUCAUUCAAGUUUUGUUGGAUAGAAGACUUCAUUAUCUACAACUUUGGUGAAGGAAUCAUGUCCAAAUUCGUAGCGGAACAUCCCCAAAAUCCCAGGACAAAACCGGCACCGGAAUUUGCACCAAACCGGCGCCCGUUUGUUGAUUUUCACAUGUACACAAACCAGUAGCUUACCCGGCGCCGGGUAGGCCUUAUACCCGGCGCCGGGUAGGCCAAAAUUUCAGAUUUCCCUGCGCACAAUGAAGAACCGGCGCCGGGUAGGCCUGAACCCGGCGCCGGGUAGGUCUGAUCCUGCAAAUACAAAAGAACGUGCUGAAAUAUUUUGAUGGAAAAAACUCACCUUCCUCAUGAGCUAAUCAAAUAUAUCUUCCAUGCUUGAUUGUUGGGCUCGAAUAGACUAAAAGAUGUCAAUCUUUAGCCUAUAUAAAGCCCCCCAUUUAAUCAAACAAGAUCAUCAAUCCAUCCUUGAAGCUUAAAUUUCAGUUUUUAUAUUUUAUUUUUGCAUUCUCUUGAAGUUUGGAGAAGAAGCCAUUUCUCUCCUGUACAAUUGGUUCUAGUUUUAGGCAUUUCUGGCAACGUCUUCCUUCAUAAGCCGUAGGGGAGCUUCAGUGAAAAAAUCUGGGAGAGCCGACGGCGAGACCGGACCAUGAUUGGGCACUGAUGAUGGAGUUGUGUCGGAUUCAUUGUCACAGCGUUGUAAGGCAGGCAGAUGAUCAAUCCGUCAGUCAUCCAAGAUUCCUUCUGUCGAUGGGGGAUCUCCUAAACGUAUUAGAACUUAGAAGGGGAAGAGGAUCCAGUGACCAGUAUUCCUUUGUUCAUAGGUAAAGGAGUUGAUGUCAUGUUAAAUCAUCAUACCGCUAUGGCCACAAUGAUUGCGACAGAUGCAUAAAAGGAAAAGAAACAUAUGGAGGUGAUAAUAAGAUUAAGAGGAUC